UGGUGACGCGCUGGGGACCUGCUGCUGUGAAACGGUGCUGUUCCUUCGUUUCACUUGGACUUGUAGCAGAGAUGUGACUGUUUCUUUACUUUUCUUUAAUCACAAGUUGACCGGCUAUAGGAGAUAUGUCCGCUCAAGGAUUGUUAAGCAGUGUUUUCUCGUGCUCGCUAAGCCCCAGAACUAUUUCCAAGCGGAGACUGAGGCAGACCAAGAGCUUGGACCCGGCGUUGAUGAGACAUUAUGGUAGCGAAUCGGAGGGAACAUCGUAUAAGGGUGACUUCACCUGGAACAGCGUGUCUGGACGUACCGUUGGCCUGAAGCCCGUACCUCUGCAAAGCUUGUCAGAGUUAGAAAGGGUUCGUCUCCAGCAUGUGGCCUUUAGGAGAUUGUUUCGGGAUCGCUAUCUGGGCUGCCACAUCACCAUUCCUAAAUAUGGCCACAAGCACAAAACGUCCCUUAUGCGGAAGUUGGAUUCAUUAUCGAAAGAAAAGAGUAAAGACAAAGAGAGUACGCCCCAGGCGUUUGGCAUACCGCUGUCGCAGGUCAUAUCCAACGACCGCACACACAGGCAGCGGAACGAUCCUCCGCGGGAGGAGCACAGUGACCCCACUGAAUUGAUGCUAUCCUUCCUCCACCACAACUCCAGCUUCAAAAGGGGCACAAAGGAGUUCUCCAGCAGCAACUCGUCCCUUAGCUCCACUUCUGAGACCCUGAACGAAUCACCUCUGCUCAUCACACCAGACGCAGCCCCACGGACGCGCAGGAGGGGCGGAGUAUCUGUGGAUUGCAUCACUGAUCUUGAUGAUAACCAGUCUCGGCUCUUGGAGGCCCUUCAGCUCUCCCUGCCCGUAGAGGCAGUUGGCAACAGGAAGAAGCACCAUGACAAAAAGCUCAGCCUUAACCCUAUCUACAGGCAGGUGCCCAGGGUAGUGGAUCUCUGCUGCCAGCACCUGGAAAAACACGGCCUACAAACGGUUGGAAUUUUCCGUGUUGGUAGUUCCAAAAAGAGAGUUCGACAGCUUCGCAUGGAGUUUGACCAGGGAUGGGAGGUACAAUUGGAUGAGGAGCACAGUGUCCACGAUAUAGCUGCAUUGCUAAAAGAGUUCCUCAGAGACAUGCCUGACCCACUGCUAACAAGAGAACUCUACAUGGCCUUCAUCAACACAAUGUUGCUGGAUUAUUCAGACCAAGAGAGCGCCAUCCAGCUCCUGAUAUUUCUGCUUCCUCCCUGUAACAGCGACACGCUGCAACGCCUCCUUUGCUUGUUGUCCACAGUGGCUGCACAUGCGAAAGACGGCCUGGACAAUGACGGACAGGCGAUCACAGGAAACAAGAUGACAUCACUCAAUUUAGCAACCAUCUUUGGACCCAACCUCUUACACAAGCAAAAAAACUCCGACAAAGAGUUUUCAGUCCAGAGUUUUGCCCGUGCAGAGGAGAGCACAGCCAUCAUCAGCGUCCUCCAAAGGAUGAUCAAUAUAUAUGAUACACUAUUUAUGGUUCCUGCUGACCUGCAGCAUGAGGUGCUGAUGAGUGUGCAAGAAACUGAUCCUGAUGUUGUGGAUUACUUACUGCGAAGGAAGGCCUCUCGGUACUCCGAGCCAGGCCUUCUUAGAGCAGGAGAGUCCUUCUCUCUGACUAAGAGAUGCUUAUCCAAUGACUCCAUCAAAGCCUCUAGUGGAGAGGUGUCUCCCUAUGACAACAACUCUCCCGUCCUGUCAGAUGGACUGCUGUGUAAUUACCCAGAAGACAGCAGUCCCCUCUCAGAUAGGGUGCCUAGACUUUCUGGGCAGUACAAACUCAGCAGCCAUUGUCAAGACGGAUCUGGCAGCACUUCUCCUACACUUUCUACAGAUAAAGAGGCCUCAACUGAUGAUUUCUGGGACACCUGGCAUGAACUGCUCAGCAAGGAGAUUACUGGCCAUCGUAUCACUGGCUCCCUCGGAGACGUGUCGGAAUGUGAAUCGUAUGGAUCUUCGGAGGGACAAAGCAGUCACCAAGGUAACAACAAGCUGCCCAUCAGACCGACGCAAACCUCAUUGGGCGUGCUGGAAAUCAGGCCACACCUCUCGGUAACUCGCAGCAGCAGUGUUCCUAAUGCCCAGAAAGAUCAGAGACAAUCUCAAACAUCAUUACAUCAGGGAGUGAGCAGCCAAUCAGGAGACCUCAGCUCGGACAAUUUAGCAGAAAGGACAGGACACCCUGCAUGUUCAUUACUUAAGGUCGGGAUGGAUGGUUUGUCUCCCCUUCAGUACUCUGGACAGCUGAGGGAGACCCAUAUUUCUUGCUCCACACCCUCCCUCUUCACGUAUCAGCCUGACCCCCAAAUUCCACAGCAGGCCCAACAAAGCCCUGCCCCCCAGACUGUAGAUACUGCAAAUGCCUCUGGGCCUGGACAAGAAAAUGCCCCUGGUACACAGAACUGCCAGACAGAGAGGUGGCAUAUAUGGCAUAUACUGUCAAAAGAAAAUGCAGACGCCCUGCCUGAAACCUUGGUUUGAUACACCCUUUGACUAUGUUGAACUAUACUGAAGAUAACUUUAUGAGAAAAGGGGGCCAUUCUCCUGUCACAUUUCUAGUCAAGUCAUUUCAAGUUAAUGUUUCUCAUUGAUAGACUGAUGGAACUUUACAUCAACCACCAUCUUAAAUGUGUUGUUUUUUUUUGUAGGGGUGUUCAAUGUAUAGAUAUGAAUUGUGUUGUGUAUGUAAACAUAAUAUAACAUGUAGUUUUGUACAUUCUUUUUUGUAGUUUAUUUUAAUGUGUUGUAGUUAUUAACACAUAUGGAUUAUUUGCAACACAACCAUCAGAAACCUAUAGACUUGAAUGAUAUUAAUUCUUAAUUUGAAGCCAUGAAUGUUCUUUUAAUGCUGAAUAUAAAAAAUAUAGAUGUCUGUGCUGUAAUAUUGCUUCAAAUUUGUAGUACCUUGAUAUGUACUGUAGCUUCAGUGUUACAGGCUCCAAUUAUAAUCUACUUACUUGUAGAAAUGCUGCAGACAAUGUCCAUAUUACCACCCAUGUAUUGUCCCAUAACAUACAUAUUCAUAUUUGCACCUUUAGCGUGGCCAUUGUGUAAAUGUUUGAGAAACUGAGAUUCAUUAAACAGGAUUUGUUGUUG